UUGAAAGCUAAGAAUGUGUAAUCGAAACAUGGAGACUGACAAAAAUUUACUUUUGAGUCCAACAGCAAGCGGUCUCAGAUGAUUUAAAGUUCUACCAUCUUCUCUAUCGAUGUCCACUGCAGCAAAUUACUCUCUCCAGAGUAAGCGUUUUAGUAACUAACAAGCGUCUUCUUCUUUGUUUCUCUCUAGCUCCUAAAUCUCUAAACAUUCAGGUCGGGCUAAUGAUAUUAACGGGACGGUUUAUUUCAGUAGUGGGUCUAACUAAUUGAGUCCGGCUAAGGCCCAGGCCCAUUAGAAACUCGAUAUAUAUCAAAGGACUUUCUAAGGGUUUGUCUUUGUUCCUCGCCUCCUCGGUGUGGCAUUGUUUGAGUCUCACGGUAUUCUUAUUUUUUCAGGUUCGGAAAAACCAAAGUUCCGUCGGUUGUAAAACUAUAUUGGAUGUGUGAUAUGGAUAAAAUCACUGAGUUGUCUGAUGAUUUUCUCGUGAAGAUAUUAUCGAUUCUUCCAACAAAAGAAGCAGUAUCAACCAGUGUUUUGUCGAAACGAUGGGAGUUUCUUUGGAUGUGGUUGCCUAAACUUGAUUUCAGCAUGAGUCGUAGUUCAGAGUAUCCGCGCUUGAGGGAUUUUAUUGACAAGAAUCUGCCAUUACAUAGAGCUCCUAUCAUAGAGAGCCUGGACCUUAGGCUUAGGUUUUGUAGUGAAUUAGUUAAACCUGAGGAUGUAAAAUCGUGGGCUGGAAUUGCAGUUUCUCGCUGCGUGCGGGAGCUAAGUAUCUAUUUUCAUUUCUAUAAAGAACCUGGUUUGUUAUUGCCCAGUAUUUUGUAUACCUGCAAAUCGCUUGUGACUUUGAAACUUGAAGGCUAUAAGAUUCUUGUGGAUGUUCCUCCAACGGUUUGUCUCCCUUCCUUGAAAACUUUGCGACUUAGAUGGGUGAAAUAUUUGAAGGAAGAUUCUCUUGGACUGCUUCUAUCGCAUUGCCCUGUUCUGGAAGAUCUGAGUAUUGAACGAUGUCAUAAUGACAAUGUGAGAGCGUUAGUUGUUAUUGUCUCGUCCUUGCAGCGUUUAUCUUUAAUUAUAGACAGUGGAUGUUCUUCUGAUGCGUAUAUGAUUGUUACACCUUCGUUGAAGUAUUUCAAAGUUGUGGAUCCUAGAGAUAGUCUCUCCUAUUUGAUUGAGCAUAUGCCAGAGCUGGAAGAGGCAGAUAUCAAUGUUAAGCAAAAUAUCGAGAAGCUUCUCGUAUCAAUCACCUCUGUCAAACGUCUUUCAUUACAAGUAGGCUUCAGGAUUAACAAAGAGCCCGUGUAUGAUGCUGGUAUUGUCUUCAACCAACUUGAACAUCUGAAGCUAUUUAUAAGAAAAGAUUAUUGGUCCAAGUUACUUGUCCGGAUGCUCAAAGAUUCACCUAAACUCCGAGUCCUAAAUAUCUACGUCCAUAUUUUUCCACGUUUUGAGGAGUAUCAACCAGACAUUAAUAUCCACGAUUUGACUAGUCCUGAAGGGAUCUCUCUCCCUAAAUGUUUGUUGAAGAGUCUUGAAACUUUCGAGUUUUCAGGGUACAAGGGAAGACAAGAAGAGAGGGAUUUCUUGAGUUUUAUCUUCAAACAUGCUUGUUGCUUGAAAUCUUCUACAAUUUCGAACUGAUCAUGUUAUGUCGCAGUACUGUAGAAAAAUGAUCAAAGACUAGUCAUAUUCGAUGUGGAACUUGCUUUCGAACAAAACUUUUGCCUUGUUAUCAUGUGGUUAAUUCUAUCGUCUUUUCAAAGGAGAGAACCAAAUCAGGUUGUGGAACAUUCGUCUCCUUAUGCUCAAAUAUUCUCGUAAACGACCGAAUCCCCUACGUCGGUGUAAUAAGUUUCUUCUAUGACUGUUUAUCUGUCUAAACGUACUAUCAAGUCUCAGUAAAUGU